CAUCCGUGACAUUACCAUUACUGUCAGUUGUACAAUUAUUUUUGUUUUUUCAUUACUUAAAAAGUAUUUUGUUCUGCUACUAAAAUUUUUUUUUAAACCGCUUCUGUCUCAAAUUUUUGAAAAAUUGGUACUCUCAAAGUGGACUUCAGAGUAGAUUUUAAAAAUUAAUCAACCACUGAUUGACACUGACAAGCGAGAAUAUAAAAUCUUUGGUGGUUAAGUGUUAAGUCAUCAGAAGAAAUCUAGCCUUCGUGGACAAUAACAUAAUAAUAACCUCAAUUUUAAUUUUAUUAACAAAGCCAGCAACAUGUCUCUUCCGGAGCCAUUAUCAAAACUUUUUAGUGAAAUUGAUAAAAAUAAGCAAAAGUUCAUAACUAACCUCCGCGAUGCCGUUGCUAUUCAAUCCGUGUCGGCAUGGCCCCACAAACGGGGCGAAAUAAGAAAAAUGAUCGAAUGGGCUAAAGACCGCAUGCAGAAACUCAAUAUUCAAACUGAAAUCAAAGAAUUGGGAAAACAAACCCUGCCUGAUGGAAAAGUCAUUGAUUUGCCCCCUGUGGUGUUUGGUGCUUUGGGCAAUGAUCCUAAGAAGAAAACUGUUCUGAUUUAUGGACAUUUGGACGUUCAGCCUGCCCUCAAAGAGGACGGUUGGGAUUCCGAACCUUUUGUCUUGACUGAAAGAUCUGGAAAGUUGUAUGGGAGAGGGUCGUCAGAUGACAAGGGGCCGGUCUUGUGCUGGUUACACGCUAUUGAGUGUUAUCAAAACUUGGGGAUUGAUAUUCCAGUCAAUGUCAAGUUUAUCUUUGAGGGAAUGGAGGAAUCGGGGAGUGUGGGUUUGGACGAGUUGGUUCACAGCGAGAAACAGAAAUUUUUGUCAAAUAUUGACUAUGUUUGCAUCUCUGAUAAUUAUUGGUUGGGGACUAAGAAACCUUGCAUCACUUAUGGGCUCAGAGGGGUUUGUUAUUUCUUCAUUGAGGUGCAAUGUGCCGCUAAGGACUUGCACAGUGGAGUAUUUGGGGGCACUGUCCAUGAAGCGAUGACUGAUUUAGUUUACCUUAUGGGUACUUUAGUCAACAAGGAUGGCAGAAUUCAAGUAGAAGGAAUCUACGAUGAUGUAGCCCCUCUAAUGGAGGGUGAACAUGACAUUUACAAAAAAAUUGAUUUUGAUGUGAACGAUUAUCGGGGCGACAUUGGUUGCAAUCGUCUCUUGCAUAAUGAGCAGAAAGAGCAAAUUUUGAUGCACAGAUGGCGCUACCCUUCCUUGUCUCUCCACGGCAUUGAGGGGGCUUUUGCUGAGCCUGGAGCCAAAACUGUCAUUCCAGGAAAAGUAAUUGGCAAGUUUUCAAUCAGAAUUGUUCCCAAUCAGAAGCCAGCUCAAGUGGAAAAAUGCGUGGUGGCUUAUCUGGAGAAGAAGUGGAAAGAAUAUGGAAGUCCUAACACAAUGAAGGCUUACAUGACUGAUGGUGGUAACCCCUGGACUGAGGACCCAACCCACCCUCAUUACACUGCUGGUCUUAAAGCCACCAAACACGUGUAUAAAGUUGAACCCGACUUUACUCGUGAGGGCGGAUCGAUUCCUGUCACUCUAACAUUCCAACAAGCAACAGGAAAGAAUGUUAUCUUGUUGCCUGUUGGUGCAGGUGACGACGGUGCUCAUUCGCAAAAUGAGAAAAUCGAUUUGAGAAAUUAUAUUGAAGGAACCAAGCUGUUGGGUGCCUAUCUUUACGAAGUGGGACAGUUGCAGUAAACUAUACAAGGUCAGAUUUCUCAGGCAUUGCCCUGUUUUUGAUAAACUUAUAUGAAGAACAAAAAUAGAGCAUAUCAAUAAGUGAAUCCAAGUGGUAACCAUUUUAUUUGUCUGGGAAUUCUGCAUUUAUUGUUAGUUAUAAAAAUUUAUAUUUUUCUAUUUUUCAAUUGCUACAAAUGGAAGUAUUAAAGACGCUUAAAGGGUUGCCAAUAUUAAAAAAAUAUACUAAGAUGCUGAUGUUUUUAUAAGAACUGAUGUAUGUAAUAAUUAAAGCUUAAUCAAAAUA